AUGGCGGAACAAGCUGACGCAGCAAUGCACAGUGAGAAAAUUUCGCCUGCGACGGGCAAGCCGCUGAAGAAACACGAAAAGUCUGGACUAAAAUUUCUGAGGGAAGAGCAAGAAGAUCAGUUUUGGGAAGAGGUCACAUACUGGAAUGAGGAGCAGUUUUCAGACCCCAAAUGGAAGCAGGUGUUGCGUCGGAUAGAUCAGUUGACGCAGGAGCAUAACCUCGUUGAGUUUGGAUGGCCUUCACCUUCGCCUCCACCGCCUGGACGUUCUGACCCCAUACCUGGAGGCUGUCAACCAUCUCUCCGCAGUUUCUCGUCUAUCACCGCGCCAAGGGAUACUCACCCACUACGUAUUGACAUACCCGGAAGCCGUCAACCACCUCUCCGUAGUUUCUCGUCUGUCACCGCGCCAAAGGAUAAUCAUCCCUUCCGUGUCGACAUACCCGGAAGCCAGCGACUUUCUCUCCGUAGCUUUUCGUCUUUCACCGCGCCAACGGGUGCUCACCCACUGCGUCCCGCGCAUCUCCCACGCAUCGAUACUGGGUCACCAACUACACCGCGACCACGUUGGGAUGUGGUAGUGCCAGGUCCCGUCACUCCGCUAUCCGCCACUGCAGGUCCUAGCCGGAAUGCCUUCGCAGAAGGCGGCUUCUGGGCCUCUCUCACACCCAAGACAUCAUCGGUGACGAGUGAGUCUAUACCCGUAACGCCCAUAACUGCCAUGCCCAUCCGACGUACCCCCUCUCUUCUCGUUGAUCCCGAAUCGCGAGCCGCCUACGACUCUGUCAAUCAAGACGUAACCGCCAUGGCCUUCCGACUCUGCGCCAACCGUUCCGCCAUCCGCACCUCCUCCACCAUCAAAAAUAAAAGCGUGCACCCGUCACUUGUCAAACCACGGGACUUGCGUCUUGCCGCAGAGACCAUCUUGUCUACUCUCCAGUACCUGCUGCCUGAUUCGAGUUCUACACCAGUCGUCGAGAAACUGCAUUGCUUUGCAGAGGAACAGACAGAAAUACUGCUCGAGCACAACAUAGGGACCAUGGAGCAACUGCGAGAUCUAGAUUAUUGGAUGUGGUUCGAAGACGAUAUCGAUAUCGUGUCUACAAUUCUAGAUGGACAGCGUGAUGCACUACGUAUGAAUCGACGUCGACGGAAAGAGAGGGAGGUGGCCCUUGAUGAGCAGGCUGUCCGACUAGCAUGGGCUGUCAAAAUACUGAAUGACAAAGAGAACCUCAAGGACGAAGACAGUGACGAAGACGAGGGCUAUGAAUACGGUAACAUCAUGAGAAGCUUGAAAAACGAGACGACGUCUGCUAAAGAAGACCGAGACAACAACACACGAACUAGGACCGCUCAACGCUCAGCCAGCAGUCCCAUCAAACCCACCCCCGGCACCUUCCCUCUCAGCCUACGCUCCCGACAAGCCACUUUCUCCAACUAUUCACGUCCCAUGCUUCGCCAUCCAAAGUCAUCCUCAGGCUCGCUUUCACGCAGUCACGCGAUCAAGUCCCGUCCAGACCACCUCAGCAUCAACACCACUAGCACUCUGGCAACCCAAAUCGAACAGGACGUAGUUUCUCCUCGAGACCGGUUUGUUCGCCACACGGCUCCCAGCAUCGAGGAUCUAUCUUCCUGGGCCAACGAAAUCAAGCUCAUGGAGCGGAAGCGCACAGAAAUGAAGUUGGCGGGAAAGUGGAACGCAGCUGACGAUGCAUUUCGUCGACAAAAUAAGCGGUUUGGAGGUAGUUUUGGCGAAUCUGCCGCCGUUGGCGGGAUUUCGCAUCCUGCAUUCCGCUUCUGGCACUUUAAUCACCAUGACGACGAAGCUGAAAACGAAGAUUACGACGCCAACAACAGCAGCAGUACCGACAGCUGGGUCUGCACAACCGCCAAAGCAAUCGAACGAGAUGCCCGCGCCCUCAAAGACUGGAAAAUGGAACAAAACAAGGGCGGUAACGAUGAAGAUGAAGCACUAAAAACCCUCCCUACCACGCCCACCCUACCAAACGAAUAUCGCCUCCUUUUCCCCCCCCUCACAUUCUCCCCCUCCCCCUCUCCUCCCCCAGAAUCCUCCCGGGAAUCCUCACCCACACCCCACCCCCGCUUUCCCCGCCCCUACAACCGCCACGCAGCUACCUCGCACGAACGCCGUUUCCCCUUCACCUCGAAAUCAAAAACAAAAUUGAAAUCACCAUUGUCGGCAUCCAAGUUGACCACCGUCACAUCACCCAAGAGUGACCUCUUUGCCUCGCCCCAACCGAUGAGUAAUCCUAGUACGCCUAGGACGAUAAAUGCUUGGGAGGAGGAGUUGACGCGGUUGGCCGACAUGGAGCGGUUGAGGCAGUUGGGGAGUUUCGGGUAG